GCUGCGGCUGCUGUGAGUUGUGUGGCUGCAGGUGGGCUCACGCGGUCGUAAUGUCUCGGGAGACGGAUGUGGAGGGUCAGCCGCCCCAUGGCAGUGGUGCCUGUUCACAGUCCCAAGGCAGCUUCUCGCAGUCUCAAGGCAUCUCCUCCCAGACACAUGGCUCCUCCUCACACUCGCAGGGCACGUCCAGCUCUUCCACCAACACAGCACCCACAUCCAGCCAGUCCUCUCAUUCCAGCUCGGGGACUCUGAGCUCCUUAGACACGGUGUCCACCCAGGAACUCUGUUCGAUUCCCGAGGACCAAGAACCGGAGGAGCCUGUCCCUGCCCCUUGGGCUCGAUUGUGGGCUCUUCAGGAUGGAUUCACCAAUCUUGAGUGUGUUAAUGACAGCUACUGGUUUGGGAGAGAUAGGAGCUGCGAAUACUGCUUUGAUGAGCCACUGCUGAAAAGAACGGAUAAAUACCGGACUUACAGCAAGAAACACUUUCGGAUUUUCAGAGAAAUGGGUCCCAAAAACUCUUACAUCGCAUACAUAGAAGAUCACAGUGGGAAUGGAACCUUUGUAAAUAGAGAGCUUGUAGGGAAAGGAAGACGCCUUCCUUUGAGUAACAAUUCUGAAAUUGCACUUUCAGUGUGGAGUAAUAAAGUUUUUGUAUUUUUUGACCUGACUGUAGAUGAUCAGUCAGUUUAUCCUAAGGAAUUAAGAGACGAAUACAUCAUGUCAAAAACUCUCGGAAGCGGUGCCUGUGGUGAGGUGAAGCUAGCUUUUGAGAGGAAAACAUGUAAGAAAGUAGCCAUAAAAAUCAUCAGCAAAAGGAAGUUUGCUGUUGGCUCUGAGAGAGAGGCAGAUCCGGCUCUCAAUGUUGAAACAGAAAUAGAAAUUUUGAAAAAACUAAAUCAUCCUUGUAUCAUCAAGAUUAAAGACUUUUUUGAGGCUGAAGAUUAUUAUAUUGUUUUGGAAUUGAUGGAAGGAGGAGAGCUGUUUGACAGGGUGGUGGGGAAUAAACGCCUGAAAGAAGCUACGUGCAAGCUCUAUUUUUACCAGAUGCUCCUGGCCGUACAGUACCUUCAUGAAAACGGCAUUAUACAUCGGGACUUAAAGCCAGAGAAUGUUUUACUCUCAUCCCAAAAAGAGGACUGUCUUAUAAAGAUUACUGAUUUUGGGCAGUCUAAGAUUUUGGGGGAGACCUCUCUCAUGAGAACCUUAUGUGGUACCCCUACCUACCUGGCUCCUGAGGUUCUUAAUUCCUUUGGGACUGCUGGAUAUAACCGAGCUGUGGAUUGCUGGAGUUUAGGAGUUAUUCUUUUUAUUUGCCUUAGUGGGUAUCCACCUUUCUCUGAGCAUAAGACUCAAGUGUCCUUGAAGGAUCAGAUCACCAGUGGAAAAUUCAACUUCAUUCCCGAAGUCUGGGCAGAGGUCUCAGAGAAGGCUCUGGACCUUGUCAAGAAGCUGCUAAUAGUGGAUCCAAAGGUGCGUUUUACGACAGAGGAGGCUUUAAGACACCCAUGGCUUCAGGAUGAGGACAUGAAGAGAAAAUUUCAGAAUUUGCUUUUUGAAGAAAAUAAGUCGACGACUGUACCCCAAGUCCCAGCCCAGCCUUCCACGAGUCGAAAGCGACUUCUUGAAGGGGAAGCAGAGGAUGCUGACACCACAAAGCGUCUGGCUGUGUGUGCGGCUGUGUCGUGAACACUGGCUGAAUGAAAGCCACCUGCCUUCUUGGACCCUGCUGCCACUUUCUUGAAGUCUGUGUUUUAUAGUUUGUAUCGUAAUUAUGGGGACGGUUCCUUUUCCACGAUCAUCAAUACACAA